AUGGUUGACGAUGCAUGGAAUUGCGCCUCCGACUUGGUGGUGGAACUCCGAUUAGGAUUUCCUCAUAUCACUCGCCACCGCCCAGCAGUAAAGCUUUAUUUCGUCGCCGGAGAUUUUGGCAUUUUCCGUCAACAGAAGAGAUUCACCGCGUCGGGCAAACAAAAUUCGGAGGAACACCCUCGAACUCCAACAGCAGCUCCAGAGGAUUUUUGCGAGGCCUGGGAUUAUCGUGAAUCCCAGGAGAUGUGUGUUAUAGCUGAUAUCUGGUCUAAAUCUGACAAGGCCAGGAUCAAGCAGUAUAGGGAUGACAUUACUGCUCUAGAAUCCUUCAAAAAUUAUCUCAAAUGGACAAAAGUGCAGCAGUACAUUUCCCCAAUUCCUGUCAAGGAUAAAAAAGAUGAUGAAGGAUCUUCAAGCAAAGUCAGCAAGAAGAGGAAGUUGAGGAGGCUAGUGAAAGCGUCAGAAGCAGGCGCUACGUCAAAAAAGAAAAAGCAGGCUCCUCCAGUCGAGAAAGAAGGGCUAGUCGAGGAAGUUAAGCCCAUUGAAGAAGACAAGACCAUCGAGGAGGAUAAGCCCGUCGAGGAGGGUAAUCCUAUCGAGGACAAUGUCUCUCCGGAGAAAGAUAGGAAUCCGGAAGCUGAACGAGACCCAAAGUUUCAGAAAUGGAUGACUGCAUUUUGUGCCACAAUGAUGCCCACUGGAGGGAUGGCCAAUGUCAUGGUGGGCAUCAGUGAAGCAGCUAUUGCACUAGGCGGCCAUGACGUAGCUGUUCCCGCUCUCGAAAGGAUGGAAUCUGGAAAGCCUGUCAAUGCCGGCUGGCUACAACAAUUUGUGAAACCGCAUCCUCGAAUAACCCUGCAUGAAGCGAUGAAGAAUGGGUUGAUGCAUCUUGGCACUGAACAACUCCCUUUGUUCGGGCCUUUGUGUAGCGCCAUCCCCCAAAUGGGUUCACCCUCAGAAAUCACCUCCUUUGAAGGAGAUGCCCCAAUGGUGUUACCUGCUAAGCUUGGGGAAGAGAUGUGGGUACCCGAGCUUGACCGAGAUUUCAUUGGCGUCGAGCUAGUUUUUGAUGAAGAUUUCUCUGAGAAGGUCGAGGAGGAUAAGGAGGAGGAGCGGGAAUCUGAAGUUGAGAAGGAACCGGCAGGCGAGAAAGAGGUUUCCUCGAUGCAGACUCCUGUCAAGGGAAUCAAUGAGAGCCAACCAAAUAUCCCCCCCAACCCAAAUGACGAGCCGUAUUAUGUCCAUAAUGUGCAUUUGAUGAUUCUUGAGGAGGAUGAGAUCAAACAUUUCCCUAUGUAUGCCAUGAUUACAUCAGCAUUGAGAAAAUUCGGGAAUGUUCACAAUACCGCUAUAGUGAGAGCCCUCGAGAAAGAGAUUGUGGACGCUAUUCAAGCUUAUAAUGUGCAGAUACACUCUCGCUUGGUUCAACGUUUCAAACAAAAAGAGGAGGAGUGGAGACGUCGACUCCAUCAAUACGAUCUCGACUUCCAAGAUUUCCUUAUUCUAGAGGCGAAUAUCAGCGACGAGAUGAAAAAGCUGAAGGAUGAAAAUGCUCAAUUGAGGAAGCGCGAGAAGAUUGUGGUAUCUCCAUGGUUGCUCGAGAAAUUCGAGCUACUUGCCUUGGUCGAGAAACAGAUAGAAGUCCGGACAAAAAGUUUUAUAGCUGCUAUUGAUCUCCUAAAGAAGAGAACCAAAGAAGCAGAGUUCUACUUGAAACAAGUCGCUGUUCUACAGAACAUAUUAGCCGACAACAAAAUCCCGCUGCCCAUUUUGAUGAUCUCGAUCCAGAUGAUGAAGCGAAAGAAAGGACAGCUGCUGAGGAAUAUCUGCUUAGAAUCGACGAGUAAGAUUGGGAGAUUGUAG